CUUCCGGUUCGCCAGGCUCUUCCGGGUGAGGGUCCUGCAGCCUGUGAAUUCGUGGUCCCGCCGUGACUUGGACUUGGUGCGAACUGGAGGCGAAGCGGGUGCACCCACAGCCUAUAGGAAGGGUUGGCGGCGAGCUCCGAGCACUCGGGCGUAGGAGGGAACGGUGGGGCCGGGUGGAGCUGGCCUCGGGUCUGCGGAGGGUGGACUCGCGCUCUCCCUGUCUUUGGAGGGAGGGUUUCCUGUGGUCGGGAGGCGAGGCAGCCAGGGCAGGAUUGGGCUCCUGACCUGCAGGCCACGGGGCGGGCUCUCUCUAGGGCCUUGAUUUGCCCGAAAAGGCGCUUGGUGAAGGUGAAAGGUUUACGCAUCCAAGUAGCUAGAGCCUCUUUCCAGAACUUCUGCUGAUGCACUUAGUCCUGCAGCCAUUGAUUACUAUAGCUCAGCAAAGUUCAGUUCAACUUUCGGAAGAAGGAUGUGAGCUGGAAUGGGCAGGGUCCAGAUUUGACAGGAAAAGACACUUCACUGGAGGUAUCUGUGAGAGUCCUGGGUUUGAGGGAAGGCGUACUGGUUAUGAAUAAGGAAAUGAUCGCUUCAUCACUUCCUAAACACAUACAUGUCAUUCCCUACCAUCUCCACCCUCUGUUUAUUCCGAGCUGCACCAACCAUGUUCAUCACCUCACCUGGGAUUUACUGAGUUUACCCCUUGCAGAGCUACACAAUAGUGGUAAAGGAAAGACUAAAAACCAAUUUAUCUUAUAUUAAAAUUACGACUUAGUAAAUAUUUUAUUCAGUAAUGCAGUUUGCUACUGACAGAGCCAAUAACUGAAUUCUGGUCCUUUGAGUACCAGGUCAGGGCUUUUGUCAUCUACCACAUUUAAGUUACCUACCACAAGAAGUUUCUUAGUAAAAGGUCCUCUUGUGAAACUGCAGCUAAGGGAGACCAAACUGUCAAAAAGACAAACACCUUAAAGCACUUUCAUUCAUUCUCUCUGGAUUCUGUCAUCUCAAGUGGCUAAACACAUUAGUAGGAAAACAGCUCUGCUUUCAACACUCUUGGCCCUUUCUCAAGAGAACCUGAAAAUGAAAAAAUUUCAGAGACCAGUUUCAUUCCAGGACCUGACUGUGAACUUCACCCAAGAGGAAUGGCAGCAACUGGACCCUGCUCAGAGGCUCCUGUACAGGGAUGUGAUGCUGGAGAACUACAGCAACUUGGUCUCCGUGGGGUAUCAUGUUAGCAAACCAGAUGUGAUUUUCAAAUUGGAGCAAGGAGAAGAACCAUGGAUAAUGGAGAAAUUCUCAAAUCAGAACUACCCAGAAGUCGAUGAUGCCUUAGAGAAGAGCAAGGAAAUCCAAGAUAAACAUUUGAUACAAACUGUAUUCUUCAGCAACAAAACACUGAUUACAGAAAGAGAGAAUGUAUUUGGGAAAACACUUAAUCUGGGCAUGAAUAGUGUUCCCUUAAGAAAAAUGCCCUAUAAAUGUAAUCCAGGAGGAAACAGUUUGAAAACUAAUUCAGAAGUAAUUGUUGCAAAGAAAAGCAAAGAAAACAGAAAGAUUCCUGAUGAAUACAGUGGAUUUGGGAAGCAUGAAAAAAGUCAUUCGGGAAUGAAAAAAUACAGAUACAAUCCAAUGAGGAAAGCCAGCAAUCAAAACGGAAAUCUUAUUCUGCACCAGAACAUUCAGAUUUUGAAACAACCUUUUGACUAUAAUAAAUGUAGGAAAACCUUCUUCAAGAGGGCAAUUCUCAUUACACAAAAGGGGAGACAGACUGAAAGGAAACCAAAUGAAUGUAAUGAAUGUAGGAAAACCUUUUCUAAGAGAUCUACCCUCGUUGUACAUCAGAGAAUUCAUACAGGGGAGAAACCAUAUGUUUGUAAUGAUUGUAGAAAAACUUUUCGUGUGAAGACAAGCCUCACUCGACACCAAAGAAUUCACACUGGAGAGAGACCCUAUGAAUGCAGUGAAUGCCGGAAAACCUUCAUUGACAAAUCUGCCCUCAUUGUACACCAGAAAAUUCAUGGAGGGGAGAAAUCCUAUGAGUGUAAUGAAUGUGGAAAGACCUUUUUUCGGAAGUCAGCCCUGGCUGAACAUUUCAGGUCACACACAGGGGAGAAGCCUUAUGAAUGCAAGGAAUGUGGAAAUGCCUUCAGCAAGAAAUCAUAUCUUGUUGUACAUCAAAGAACUCACAGAGGAGAGAAGCCAAAUGAAUGUAAGGAAUGUGGGAAAACCUUCUUCUGUCAGUCAGCCCUUACUGCGCAUCAGAGAAUUCACACAGGAGAAAAACCCUAUGAAUGUAGUGAAUGUGAGAAAACCUUCUUUUGUCAAUCUGCCCUCAAUGUGCAUCGAAGAAGUCAUACAGGAGAGAAGCCCUAUGAAUGCAGUCAAUGUGGAAAAUUUUUAUGUACGAAAUCAGCCCUCAUUGCACAUCAGAUAACUCAUAGAGGAAAGAAGUCUUAUGAAUGUAAUGAAUGUGGGAAAUUUUUCUGCCGUAAGUCAACACUCACUAUCCAUCAGAGAACACACACAGGAGAGAAACAUGGUGUGUUUAAUAAAUGUGGUAGAAUAUCCAUUGUGAAGUCAAACUGCAGUCAGUGUAAGAGAAUGAACACAAAUGAGAAUCUUUAUGAGUGUAGUGAACAUGGGCAUGCCAUCAGCAAAAACUCACACCUCAUUGUACAUCAGAGAACUAUAUGGGAGAGACCAUAUGAAUGCAAUGAAUGUGGGAGAACCUACUGCAGGAAGUCAGCCCUGACUCACCAUCAGAGAACACACACAGGAGAGAGACCCUAUGAGUGUAAUGAAUGUGGGAAAACCUUCUGUCAGAAGUUCUCCUUUGUUGAACAUCAGCGAACUCACACUGGGGAGAAACCAUAUGAAUGUAAUGAAUGUGGGAAAUCCUUCUGCCAUAAGUCAGCCUUCAGAGUCCAUAGAAGAAUUCACACAGGAGAGAAACCAUAUGAAUGUAAUCAAUGUGGGAAAACCUACCGUCGCCUGUGGACUCUCACUGAACAUCAGAAAAUACACACAGGAGAGAAACCUUAUGAAUGUAACAAAUGUGAGAAAACAUUUCGCCACAAAUCAAACUUUCUUUUACAUCAGAAAUCCCACAAGGAAUAAGUUCCAACAAAGUAAUAAAUUCCAACAAAGCAACAAAUCAAAUAACUUACACAAUGCUAAACUGUGAGUAUGUAUAGAGGAGUAAAAUCUUAUAAAUGUAAUGAAUAUGGAAAAUGUUUCUGCCAUAAGUCAACCCUCAAUGUAACAUCAGAGAAAUCAUGUAGGAAAGAAAUAAUUUGUUUAAUAAAUGUAUUAUUCAUUGUGAAAAAUGAAAAUAUUCAGCAGCAAUUCAAAGGUUAUACCAAAUGUGCCUCCCUUUUAAAAUAAUGAAACAAACAUUGUUUAAGUUAAGUUGUUACUUGGUUCCUCCCCACAGUGUUACUUGAUAGUGUAUGUAGUGUAUGAUAGUGUAUGACCAUUAUUUCAAAUCAAUACCAUUGUUCGAUAGUUGAGUAAUUUACAGUUUCUCAAUUUAUGGUGUAUUUUCAGAUUUGGCAGAUUUUCUGUUGUCUGCUAACUCCAUAGUCUUCUAGUAGCAGACUAUAUGACUUUAUCUGCAAAGGUGACAACUCAGGAGAACUAACCAUUGUACUCUAUGCACCCAUGGUAGUUAUACCCCAGGUGAGCAUUUUGUAAAGCUGAGCCAAUGAAAGCCCUUCCUAAGACCUUUCUAAUGGAAGUUAGGCACAGGAUAACUAGUUCAUGAUCCUGAAGCUUUCAGCCAAGUCAAGAAAACAGCAAUUGCAGUAGGAAAAACAUGGGAAAAUAAGCAUUUUUGAACAACAAAGAGAAUUUGGAUGAUGGUUGAAUCCAAAAAGUGUUUAUUUCUCUGGUUUUAGUAUUCUCUAAUAUCCACUCAACCCCAUCUACCAGUGGUUUGAUUUUGUCAAUUAGUAUGUUUUCAAAAAUCUCUUGGAUUUCCUAAUCAACAUUAGAGGUAUUCUUUAGAAGUCACUGAUCAAAUUCUGAGAACAAAAGGCCUCUGGGAUGCUGAUUAGGAUUACAUUGUAUGGAUAUAUGGGAUGAGGUAGGAUUGCCACUUUUAUGGGGUUAUUGGGAAAUGUUUACCUUUCAAGUCCUGAUUUCCAUGAGUGGGAUUUUCCCUAUACCUGUUCCUAGCCUCUCUGCCACAUUAUGCAUUCUGCCCCAGGGAUGAGGAAGUAGGCUUAUCUAGUUGGUAAGAUAGUGAUGGGUAACUGGGUUUGCUCACCUGAACUCCCUCUUCAUUGUGGGCUGACCUGCAAGUACAAUUUCUUGUCACAGUUAUUGCCUGUGAUUGGUAAAUUGGUCUAAUUCUGUCAUUCAGCUAAUUGGCCCAUUAGCUGAAUGGUCACACUAAGUUGCAUCCUCCAACUCAAUUUGAUCAGUAAUAAAAGUUUCAUCCUGCC